GAUCCUGCUGAACAUCCUAUUUGCAUUGUCUUUCACACCAUUGUCUUUCUUUUGUCUCUGGAAUAGACUUCAUCUGUGUUUAGGUGAAACUUCUGUAUGUCAACGACCGUUACUCAGAGACUUGGUUCUAGAGUGUUAGAGACCUGGUUCUAGAGUGUUAGAGACCUGGUUCUAGGGUGUUAGAGACCUGGUUCUAGAGUGUUAGAGACCUGGUUCUACUGUUCUAGAGUAGAUCUCCAGGAAGAGGACCAGGAGGACCAUGCUGAAGAAGGUGCUGCUGGGUAGUCUGGGAGCAGCUCUGGUGCUGACUGCAGGCAUCCUGUUGGGGCACUUCGGUAUCCAGAGGGGCUCCACCGCCCCUGACUGGGUAAUGGACGUGACACAGGACGUAGACGAGGCUCUCAUCCAGAAGUUUAUCGCAGAGGUGGACAACAUUGCAAUACAGGAGAACCUCAGGGAGCUGACUAAAGUGCCCCACAUGGCGACCUCGCCAGGGGACGAGCAGACGGUUCAGUACAUGUUAAAGAGGUGGCAGGACCCAGACACAGGUCUGGACCAGGCCUGGAGGGAGGAGUACAAGGUCUACCUGUCCUUCCCAGACCCCAACACCCCCAACAAGGUCACCGUGGUGAGCCCUUCUGAUGCUGUCCUGUACACUGCCAGAGAGAAGGAGAAGGCAUAUAGUUCAGACCAGGAGGAUCCUGAGGUGGUACAGCCCUAUGCAGCCUACGCCCCCGCCGGACACCCAAAGGGGAGACUGGUCUACGCCAAUCAAGGGAAGCCCAGUGACUACUUCCUGCUCAACCAGACCCUGAACCUGACAGGGACCGUCGCUAUCACCAGAUAUGGAGGAGAGGGGAGAGCAGGGAAAGCCAUCAAUGCAGCUCCGUACGGUGUGAUCGGGGUGCUGGUCUACACCGACCCGUGGGACAUCAACGAUGGCAAGAUGUCCGACAACAACGAGACGUACCCCUAUUCCUGGUACAUGCCCCCCUCAGGGGUGGAGAGGGGCUCCUUCAACACCCACUAUGGAGACAUGCUGACACCCUACCUGGCCGCUAAAGAUGACACAUACAGAAUACCAGAAAAGAAUAUCACCGGGAUCCCGCCAAUCCCAACUCAACCAAUCGGGUUUGAGGAUGCCUACGCCUUGAUCUGUGAGCUGGGAGGAGAGCCCGCCCCAUCCGAAUGGCAGGGAGCAUUCAACUGCACGUAUAAUUUGGGGGGACCAGGAUUCAAACCAACAUCCAACUUCAACAACAGCGAUGUAAAACUGGACAUCUAUAACCGUGAGGAGCUGAAGAAUUCUGCCAAUGUGAUGGGGGUGAUUCGCGGCAGUGUUGAGCCAGACAGGUAUGUGAUCUACGGUAACCACAGAGACAGCUGGGUCCACGGGGCCAUCGACCCCAGCAGUGGAACCUCCGUGAUGCUGGAGGUGACCCGGGUGCUGGGACGAAUGGUCAAGCAGGGGAAAUGGAGGCCACGGAGGUCCAUCAUCUUUGGGAGCUGGGGAGCCGAGGAGUUCGGUCUGAUUGGAUCCACAGAGUACACUGAGGAGUAUUACAGCAAGCUGAGUGAACGUUCUGUCGCCUAUAUCAACGUGGACAUAGCUGUAUUCGCUAACGCUACUCUAAGGGCAUCGUCGUCCCCCUCUGCUCAGAGUGUUAUCCUCAAGGCCUCCAAACAGGUGAAGACACCUGGAUCAGACUCGACAUCCGUCUACGACAACUGGAUUCGCUACUUCAACCGCACUAGCCCCGCCUACGGAGUCAUCCCCAAUGUGGGUUUUCUGACUGGGGCAGGAAGUGAUUACGCUGCCUUCAUCCACUUCCUAGGUAUCACCUCCAUGGAUAUCUCCUACACCUACGACAGAACUAAAACCAGAGCCAGAAUCUACCCAGCGUAUCACACGGCAUACGACACCUUCGACUAUGCCUCCAAGUUCAUCGACCCAGGGUUCACCAGUCACCAGACGGUUGCCAGGACGGCAGGGAACGUCCUGAUGCGAUUGGCUGAUAGUCUUCUAUUGCCGUUCAACUGCAGUGACUAUGCAGAGACUCUGGAAGGAUACCUCAGUAAGGCUAUGGAGCUGUACACUGAUGGACUGGCAGCACAUAUGAUCUCUAUAGAACCAUUACAGACUGCUGUGAGGAAUUUCCGUUCUGCAGCCGCCAGAUUGGACCAGCUGAUCAGAGAUUCAGACUUGGCCAACGAGACGCCCCUGAAGGUGCGUAGGAUCAAUGACCAACUGAUGCUCCUGGAUAGGGCUUUCCUGGACCCUGUGGCGUUCCCUGAUCGAUAUGGAUACAGACAUGUGAUCUGGGCCUCAAGUAAGGCUGGACAGGCUACCUUCCCAGGACUGGCUGAUGCGUAUACCAGAGCUGCGUCGACUGGACUGGACAGCGACUGGAAAGAAGCACACCGUCAGCUGUCCAUCCUGAUCCAGGCCAUACAGGGAGCCGCUCACACACUGGGAGACGCCAUUUAGCGAGACCAUAGAGAUACUGAUAUAUGUUAUGAUAUUCAGUUUACAUAUAUAAUAAUAAAGUUUUAAUUAUA